UUCCCUAACAAAGAUGUUGGAAGAACAGAAAGAAACUUUAUCAGAGCAGUUACCUACAGCAGUUAGACAGAUUUUACUAGAGAAACUUGGACUGAGUGAUUUUCUAUUAGAUUCUCCAUGUAAUGUAACAACUAAUCCAUUUGUCAAUGAAUGUACUAGUAGUUAUUUGACCUUGUCCUUACCUUCAUCAGUAUCCUGUGUAAUACCACCAAGCUGUUCUGCUUUAUCAUGCUGUAUGGACGUCAAGUUAAUCAGUCACGCCAUCAUGUCCAAGAUCUAUAUAGAUCCUUGUACAUAUACUAUGUCCUUAACUUUAGAGAAACUACAUGUAAAGAUAUCUCUGCUGAAAUAUACAUGGGGAGAAACUCACAAGUUCUCACUUCAAGGUGGCAUUAUUAUAAAGUAUAGCGUUUUUGACUUGAAGAAUGAGAAGAUGUUUAUGGUAGACUUGAGUUUCCAUGUUUGUAUGGAGAAGGACCCAAGCAACUGUAUAGUUGAUUUACAGAUCCUGACCAACGCUAAAUUAUCCAAACCUUUAUGUGACUGGAAUAUGGGAUUUUUGCAGUCCGACUUUUCCUUGGGUAUUUGGAUGACAGAAAACAGUUUAACAGACACUGGUACAUUACAGGAAGUUUUUGUUACACAGCUUCUCUAUAAACUUGGCAUUGAUGACUACAUGAAGAAUCCACAGUGUGACAGAAAUCAGCCUCCAUAUAAACCUGCAAACAACAUGGGAUGGAAUCUAGAUAAAUGUAACAGUUCUGUAGAUAUACCUGUAUCUUUACCUGCUGGGAUCUCCUGUUACCUGUCUGAUACCUGUACAGGUAUAGAUUGUUGUAUACAGGUAGAUAAACUAGGAUUAUCUGUCAAUGCCUAUGUACUGCUGGAUGCCUGUCACAACACCUUUACUGUUGGUGUAGAGAACUUUAAACAUACUACAACCAUGCUGGAUAUUGACCUUGGUGAAAUACAAACUUUCUCUAUGAUGGGAUUUUUUAGAGUGAGUUACAAGAUUGAAGAAUUCUACAAUGAGAGGAUGUUUAUUGUCAGUCUGACCAUCAGUAUUUGUUAUGAAGCUAAUGGUCCUUGUGCUUUGGAGAUGAUAAUACUUGAAAAUAAUAAACUUCCAAUACCUUUCUGUGAUUUCAGUCAAGGAAAUCCAGGAUUUUCCUUUGCUGAAUGGGUAGAUAGUAACAAGAUAGAUCUGGGACAACAGCUACAAUCCUAUGAUGUUGAUAGGUUGAUGGAAGAAUUGGGUAUAGCUGGUUAUCUGCUGAAUCCUCAAUGUCAGGUGUCUGCCUAUCAAACUAAGGCUAAUGGAUGGAAUGUUGGAUCCUGUGAUGCAGACUUAUCAUUGCCAACAUUACCAUCCAACAUGGCAUGUCAGUUACCAGACUUUUGUACAGGGAUCCAGUGUUGUUUAUACAUACCACUGUUGGAUAUGUCUGUAGAAUUCCAUGUUCUGAUUGACAUCUGUAACCUCAAACUUAGUAUUGGACUGGAGAACCUUGUCAUCAAUGAAUCUUUGUCUGAUUACAGCUUUAACACUGAGAAGAAGAUGUCUCUAGGUAGCAUGAUAAGAUUGAGUUAUUCCAUAGAAGAUUUGGAAGCUGAGGAGAAGCUAUCUUUCAGUUUAACAAUAAACUUUUGUAUGGAGAGUAAUGGAGAUUGUAUAUAUAACUAUGUAAUAUUUGAUGAUUAUAAAAUAUCUAAACAGCCAUGUGAUUGGACAGGAGGAUUUGUCGUACCAAAUUUUAAAUUGAAUUCCUGGCUAACAGAGCAUGAUUUAUUGCCAAAUUUAUCACAACUCUCUGAUUUAAUGGCAUCAAAGCUUCUAGAAGAUCUGGGUAUAGCUGAAUACCUACAAGAACCAAGCUGUAAUCCUGAAACAGAUAUAGUAUUCAGUAAUGCACAAAGUAAUGGCUGGAAUUCAGCUUGCCCAAGUGCUGUGUUACCUGACUUGGCUGAUGAUGUAGUAUGUCACCUUGACUCUUCCUGUACAUCUGUUUCCUGUUGUGCACAUGUAGGGCUGAUCAGCAGAAACAUACAUUUCUUCCUCACUGUAGAGCCAUGUAACCAAACAUUCAGUCUUGGUAUUGAGAAUUAUAAAUUUGAAUUUUCUCUGUAUGAGACAGACAUUAAUCUGCAGAAACAAUUUCAUAUUGGAGGGGUUUUAGAAAUAGACUAUAUAAUCAGUGAUAUGGCUGGAGAAAGAGUUUACUUUAUGGAUCUGAGUAUAAAAGUUUGUUUUAAUGAUGAAGGACCUUGUCUGAUACAGGCCAAUAUCUUCUCCAAUACAAAGCUGCCAAAAAUACAGUGUAGUUGGCAGAAAGGUUUCCUUGAUCCAAACUGGUCCUUAUCCAAUUGGUUUAACCAGACUGGUUUCAAAGGACGACUGACAACAGAUGAAAUAUCUCAGCUGAUGUUUGACCUGGGACUGUCAAAGUUUUUAUACAAUGAUAAAUGUGAUUAUACAGACUCAGAGUCAGUGUUUGUCAAUUCCUACCAUGGAUGGACUUCUGAUUGA